CACCGGAAACAAUGGCUAAUAUACUGACGCAUGGGACAUCUAAAUACAAUCGCAAGAAGAGAAGCAAGACAAAGAAGAGAAAGAACCAGCGGAAGAAGAAAAAGAAAGGAAAGAAUGUCAACCAACAGCAGCCAAUAAAUGCAAAGAAGUGGAAGGCUGAUAAGUACUCGGGAUUCCCUAGAAGGGUACCACUGAUUGUGUUUGGUGCUGGAAUGUUUGGCAAAGAUGUGGUGUUGUCGGUAAACUUUUUGCAACUCUGAAGAAACGUGAAGCUGAAGGUCAAUUGAUUGUUGUCACAAUCGAUGAAUUCAAAACCUC